UGAAUCGGGUGUUUUUAAAACAAAAAGAUUACCGACCCGGCCCAAGCUAUGCAAUCCUCUGGUUUAGAUUUUGUUAGACAUUUUAUCGAACAUUUCACCGUCCAUUUGGCUGGCUCUCUCCACCGUCUCUAAGCUCUCCUCUUCUUCGUGAAGAAACGAAAUUUCAGUGUGUUUUUAUCCACCGAAAUCAUAGCCUGACCCCUCCUCCUCCUCCUCCUUUCUAAAUUAAUGGGAAGGGUUAAACUAAAAAUUAAAAGGUUAGAGAGCUAUAGCAACAGACAAGUUACAUAUUCUAAACGAAGAACUGGAAUCUUGAAGAAAGCUAAGGAAUUAUCAAUACUAUGUGACAUUCAUAUUAUCCUUCUCAUGUUUUCUCCAACCGGAAAGCCUACUCUAUUCCAUGGAGAGCGCAGCACUAUUGAAGAGGUUAUUGCGAAGUUUGCACAAUUAACACCACAAGAAAGGGCAAAAAGGAAGCUGGAGAGCCUUGAAGCACUGAAGAAAACCUUCAAGAAAUUGGAUCAUGAUUUAAACAUACAAGACUUUCUAGGUGCAACUCAGUCUGUUGAGGAAAUGACUAAUGAAGUAUCAAUGUUGCAAGCUCGGCUUAACGAAGUACAUAAGAGACUGAGCUACUGGAAUAAUCCGGAUAAAAUUGACAACAUAGAACAUCUUAGGCAGAUGGAAGAUUCACUUAGAGAAUCCAUUGAGCGUAUCCGGAUACACAAGGAGAACUAUGGAAAGCACCAUCUUCUGCCACUAGAAUCCACUAGCCAGUUUCAGAACGCAAUGCCUUUGCCUGUGAUGAUUGGUGGGGUGCAAGAAGCCCAACCUGUUACAUGGCUUCCGAACAAUGACAAUCAGCAAAUGUUAUUGCAUAAUGAAUCGAACUUUCUCCCUAAUCUAGAUACAGAGUGCCCUACAGAUGGCUCCCUUGCAGGCUAUUCUGGUUUCUUUGUCCCUGGUAAUCAAACCGAUAUUGGCAAUUCAGUACAAGUUGAUAAUACAAUACAGGAAAGCAAUGUCCUGAAUGAGUUAGGGAAUAAUGCAUUCUUAAAUUCCCAACUCGGUAAGCAAUACUUAUACCCGCAAUUUAGUGCCUCAAAUUUGCAAGAUGACGAGAAGUUGAAGUCUGAGAUGGUAGGGAACUUACAAGGCGGUCCUGGAGUUUACCAAGUUAUUACUGACUUUGAAGCCCCGAGAACUAUGUCUAAUGGUGGUCAUCAAGCUUGGAUAACUUCUUCAGGUCCCUGUGGCAUUGCCAUGUUUGAUGGGAAUUCUUACCAUCAGCAAACAAAAUCGACUUUUAUGAAUCAAACACCUCCAUCUGGUCAAUGUCAUAAUUUGUAGUUGAAGUGACUCACAGAUAUGAAUCAGAAUCCAAACUUUUCCUGCUUGUGCCUUUUAUUGUGAUAGAAUUGACCCAGCAAUGGAGUUUUUCUGAUGGAAUCUGAUAUCUGGCCAGUGUUUCCUGCUUAACAUGAUAAAUGGCUCCUGUAUAUGAACUUUCUUUUCUUUUCUUUUUAAUUUGUUUUAAGCAUAGUUUUAAUGGGGAUGGGUUUGAAAGUUACUCCCAAAUCCCCCAAAAUGUACACUAAAAUACUCUUUUGUUGAAAAUUAAGAUGAACAUUUAUUAUCAUUAGUUUGAAAAUAUGAAUAAGAUUAGAUGCUAUCUGAAAUUUUACUUGUAAA